GUCGCUGGCUCCGGCAUCUCGAGUUUUUCCGUCCCUCUACGACGAAGAGCAUAUCCGACUCUGCCUAGCAGCUAUUUUGAGCUGUGUUGCUCAGCACUUGUCAUAGCCGCAUCAACGCUAACAUCGUGUACCGCCAGCAGUCCUCCAAAAUGGCGCAUCAGAACGGUGGAAACACAGUCUUGCUGACCGAGGAAGAGGCUCAGCGGAUUCGGACCACUGUAAAAGAGACACAGAAGAAAUGCUCAACGCAAAAGGGCAACGCCAGAGAGUUUCGGGAUGCUCACGCUACUGUCAGCCAGGCGACUGGUACCUCACUCAUGAUGGACAUGGGUCAAAUGACUGGACAGGGUCAGAAGGACACAAUCCCAGCUCUUGGUGUUGGGCAGGCCUACCCACCCAGCACCGCAUCCCUGGAUGAACUCAAGCCCAUGGCAUUUUCAGAACUCACAUUGGAGACUCAUCACCGUGGACGUUCUUUGACAGUGCAGCGUGCGAGGCGGUGUCCCGUGGUUGCUCUCGCUGCCCGCUCCUGGACUGUUGUCCAAGAUGAGGAAGAGAAGGAGACGGAACGUUUGGAGAUGGUCCUGCAUAAAACAACAGACGGCGAAGAUACACUUGAGUCGGCAAGGCGAUUCAUCAUCAAGGAGCCGUACUUCACACUGACGGAAGAGGGUGAGGCUACCCUGCGGAUCGACCACCCCUCCGAUCUCGUCAUCAUUAGAGAGGAGAUCGUGAAAGGCAGCUUGAGCGAGGUCGAGGAUGGAACCAAGGGGGACGAGAUUGCAAAGAAGUGCAAGGACAAGGGUAACGCGGCACUGCAAAAGAAGGACCUCCCUCUUACUCGGACAAGUUACAGCCAAGGACUCAAGGUUGCCAGGCAAGAGCCCGUCCAAAAGACGAACCCGGACAUCGCAAGAGACAUUGCACGGAACCGAGCUCACGCGCAUCUGCUUAUGGACCGACAAGACGAAGUCAUCGCCGACGCCAAGGCUUCUCUCAUUGGUGCCGACGAUCAGAAGUCCAAGGAACUCGACAGCAAAGCCUACUUCCGCGCCGGCAGUGGUGCUUACAACCUAGGCCACUUUGAAGAGGCCAAGCAGUACUUUGAAAAGGCCCACGAACUCGCACCUGCGGAGAGAGGCGCGGCAGUCUAUCUGCGCAAGGUGGAGAUGCGGCUUCGCGAACAGGAAAAGGGAUCGUACGACCUGCAGAAGAUCAGGGCCAACCUCACCAGAGUCUCACCACGGGCCGACGCGGCAACCUUCACUGCGAAGACUGAGGUCAAGGAUAGCAAGGGACGAGGCCGGGGCUUGUUCGCUACCUGCGAUAUUGCUGCUGGUGAAAUAGUCAUGGUCGAGAAGGCUUUCUGUGUGGUCUGGGGUCACGAGAGCGAGGUUUUGACCGUAAUGACCUACGAUGUCCGCGAUGACAAGAUUAGGGUGGCACCCGUCGGCCUGACCAAGGCUAUCUCUCAGAAGCUUCUUAGGAAUCCUUCCCAAAUCGCAAAGGUCCUGGACCUUUACGGAGAUUAUCAGGGUGAGGGCAAGGCCACGUCAGAGACUCCAGAGGGCCCGGUGGUCGACGUCUUCCGGAUCCAUGACAUUGUCUCUCGCAACGCCUUUGGACCCGGCGGCCAGUAUGGAGAGGAGGGCGCGAGGAACGCAAGCACCGGUCUUUGGGUCUGGGCAGCAUACAUCAACCACUCCUGCAUCGCCAACGCCAAGAAGGACUACGUUGGCGACCUGAUGGUCCUUCGUGCCCUACGACCAAUCGCCAAGGGUGAGGAAAUCUUCCACAGCUACGACGAAUCGAGCAACUACGAGGCGAGACAGAAGGCUCUCAUGACAACGUGGGGCUUCGAGUGCAACUGCGCGCUUUGCGCUGGUGAAAAGACCGACGACGCCAAGUUGCGCCAAAAGCGGCAAAUGUUGGUGAACGACGCAGAUGACUUUGUUUCGACGACGCAUUGGACCAACGCGAAGAGGAUCACCAUUUCCAAGGCUCAGCGUCUAGCGAAAGAAAUCGACGCGACAUACGAAGACAAGAAGUAUGAGGGUGUUCCUCGUCUGGCAUCAGAGAGGGUUCGGGAAUGGCUCACAAAGGCAGCUCCCCGCAAGUGAGCAUGAAGGCCCAUAAAAUUGCGAUUUUGGAUAGACUCAUCGGUUUCGUUACGGACGAGAAUAGCAGAAUCAUCGAAUUGCCUGCAUUAGACAUAGACCUUUACAACUGAAAGGCCGUAUCAGACCACAAUCUACGGCUCAAGCUGAGCGGAUGUUCACACUAGCCACAGCGAUACUACGACCUCUUCUCGAUAUUGAUGGCGGAUGCUUUCAUAGCUCUGGAAGUAUAAGUCAGUCUAUGAUAGACGGCAGAGGCGAUCGACUUGCUUGCGCGAUGCUAGAGAGCCUGGCGGAAUCUCGGCAUAUAAACAACAAAGCAACUAGGAAUUGAAGUCAUCUCAACACCACGCGCCUCAGAUAUCUCUCCUUAAG